AUGGUGCGGGCGACAGCAGCCCCGGAGGCGCGGCCAAACUUGGCGGUGGCUGCGGAGGUUCGGCUCGCCGUGCCCUGGCCUCGGACGAUGAGCGCGGCGCAGCGCGGCGCAGCGGCCAAGGGGGCGGGGGCGCGGGGCGCUUCCGACUCGCAGGAGCGCCGAGGCGACCUCAGCCCCUCAUCUUUACGUAACCGGCAGCGCCUCCGCACGCAGCAUCCACGGCCCCGGGCUCCGCCGCGCUGCCGCCUCUCGCCGCCUCCGGUGCCCAGAGCCGGGCGCAAUCCCCCCGACGGGCGCACAGUCUGCUCCGAGCCGGCUCCCCUGGAAAGACGCCACACGUGGCGGUCGCAAGUUUAUUCGACCGAAAACGCCCCCGAGGCGCUGGGAGAGGAAACUGCAAGAGAGUCAGAACAGCCUUUCGGUGGAGAGGUGCGUCUAGAACUGAGGCGUGCGGCCAAUCCGACAGUUCUGUUUCGAUGCCUCGUGCUACCUCUACAGCCUCGAACGCCGACAUUUAAAAGGGUAACAGCCGGGAGGCUGGAAAGGAGCAGCCGCGCAUCUUUGGGAGUGUCUCUCAAUCCCUUAGCCGGUCUAGGCCUCUUGGCUCACGUUCCAGCUUGCGGAGUGUGGGAUACACCUUCCCUACUCGGUUGCGUUCCUUCUUAUGACAAAAGAGAACUUCAGUUUCAUUUUCCAGCUCGCAAACAGUUAAGUGACUUCCUGCAAACACUACAGUCCCAGCAACCAGCCUUCCAAUCAAAAGUAAGUUGGUUGAUGUCACUGACAUUGGCUCAGCCAAUCAGAAGGGCAUUCCGAAGGCCAGCGCUGCACACUUGUAAACGCGAAGAGCUGUAGUGAAACUGAACACAUCCUUGUACUUUGUGUUGCUGAUGGUAAAAUCGAGAUAUGUAUGGGAGGGCAGUGGUGAUAAAUAAAUGCAAAGUGAGUCAAUAAUUUUAAAAAAACAACUAAAUAUGUCAGGCCAAGUUGCUCAAGAAUAAACACAAAUGAGAAAGCAUCAAUUCGUUUUUCCAUUUCAGGAUGCAGCAUACUUUGGGGCAGAUUUUUAGUAAUUCUUCCACCCAAUACAUUAACUAUGACUAAUUCAACUUAAAAAUGCAGAGCUGACAAAAGUUCUGUUUUAAAGCAUAGUCCUUCUUCUGUCUGGCUAGUCUUACUUUGAAACGCUUCAUUUUUUCUUUUGUGAUACCUCAAUUCCUCUCCUUCCCUCGUGCAAUUUAUUCUAAGGAAGCUGUUUUCGUUUUGUUUUGAAGCUAUUGUAACCUCUCUAAAAUAAAUGGAGACAAAAAUCCGUGCAUAACUUUUAAAACU